AUGACGAAGCGUGCGUUCCUUGGCUUGAGAGGCACUCGCCUGACCACAAUGAUUAUCUUGGUCGCUGGUGCUGAAUUUCUCCUUUUUGGCUAUGACCAAGGGGUAGUUGGGGGAAUCCUGAAUUUACCCUCAUUUACAAACACCUUCCCUUCCCUAUGCACUACUGCAGCUUGUCUCGACGGGAUGACAGCUGCAGAGAAGGACACCCGAUCCACCACCCAAGGCAUCGUGGUUGCUUGUUACAACUUAGGUUGCCUGGCUGGCGCCUUAUCCACAUUUAAGCUCGGCAACCGCUUCGGGCGACGAAAGCCUCUCUUUCUCGGAUGCCUAAUUGUCUCGAUUGGCGCCAUCCUCCAGGCAUCCGCAUCGACUCUCGUACAGUUUAUUAUCGGCCGGGUCAUAUGUGGGCUAGGGACGGGACUGAACACGGCAACCGUGCCUGUGUGGCAAGCUGAGUGUACCAAGCCACACCAGAGAGGGCCAAUUAUGGCAAUUGAAACCUCACUGGUCCCAGCGGGCGUCAUGGUUAGCUACUGGGUCGACUUUGGUCUCUCCUACGCAGAGCCAAGCCAGGCUGCAUGGCGAUUCCCCAUCGCUUUGCAGUUGUUGUUUGCGUUUUUCGUUAUGGGCUUUAUCCUCUGGCUUCCGGAGUCACCCAGGUGGUUGGUACUCAAGGGCCAACGAGAGGAGGCUGCGGAAGUUCUCGGUGCUCUAUACGACGUCUCUGACCGAGACGAGGCCAUAUUGCAGAAUCUGAACGCUAUUGAUACAGCUAUUGAAGCCGAAGCUUCCACAGAUUGGCUCGCAGUGUUUCGGGAAGGGCCCGCAAGAGCCCGUACUCGAACCCUCAUGGCAAUCAGUAUUCAAAUCAUGAGCCAGUUUUCGGGGAUCAACGUCAUUACUUUCUAUGCGACGUCAAUUUUCCAAAACGAAAUCGGCUUGACACCGUUUGUCUCCCAAAUCCUGUCCGGAUGCCUCGGCACCGCUGGAUUCAUCGCGGCCAUGGGGUCGAUUCCCUUGAUCAAAUAUGUCGGUCGGCGACAGGUUAUGCUACUCAACCUCUGUGGCAUGGGUGCGUCAAUGAUUGCACUCGCGGUGACCGAGAAGAUCAAGGGGUACACGACAGGGAUUGUGGCUGCCGUCUUUGUCUUUACUUUUAUGAUAUCGUUUGGACUUGGAUUUGCGCAGAUCCCCUGGAUCUACCCUGCGGAAAUCACCCCUCUGGCAACCCGUGUGCAAGCCAAUGCACUGUCUACAGCUACCAACUGGACUUCUGUCUUCAUCGUCGUCAUGAUCACCCCAAUCGCCUUGAACAGUAUCGGGUGGCGCACAUACCUUAUCUUUGCGUGUUGUAGCGCAUUCUUCAUGGUCAUAGCUUACUGCUGCUUUCCAGAGACAAGGAAUCGCUCCCUGGAAGAAAUCGAGCUUAUUUUCAGCGAGUCAUCCGGUCUCUUUGGAGCAGUCCAACAGGCUAGGCUCACACAGCAUCAUUUUGACAAUGAAGGCGAACCUGCCAAGAAUGUGGGACUAGCCUACUCUGAACACAUCGAAAGUGCGUGA